GGUCAUUUGAGGGCCCAAUUUUAGGAGUCUCUGGACAGCGCUGAAAUAAUCGGUGCCAACGGCCUGGAUCGUGAUCGGGACAAUUUUGUUCGGCAGGAUUGUCGGCAGGAGCACCCGAUUGUCGCGCUCGACCAGCACUGCUUCUUUCCUUUUGACCCGGUGAGGGAGCUUUACUUUCACUCCCGACCGGACCUUGCGGCUUUCUUUAGGUCCUCGCCGCCGACGGUCUCGCGGUGUGCUUCAGCAUUUUCACACAUCAAUCUCCUGCCAUACCCUACCUCCUUUUUAGCUCGGACCUCUAAGUAGAGCAGCGCCAAGAUGGCGCCCAAGAAGGAGGACCGCAAGGGCGGCGAGGAGACCCUCACGCGUAUUGCCAUCGUCAGCGAGGACAAGUGCAAGCCCAAGAAGUGUCGUCAGGAGUGCAAGAAGAGCUGCCCCGUCGUCAAAGUCGGCAAGCUCUGUAUUGAGGUCGCGCCGAACUCCAAGAUUGCAUGGAUUUCCGAGGAGCUGUGCAUCGGUUGCGGUAUCUGCGUGAAGAAAUGCCCGUUCGAGGCGAUCAUGAUCAUCAACCUGCCCAAGGACCUCGAAAAGGAGACCACGCACCGCUACGGCCCCAACACCUUCAAGCUGCACAGGCUGCCCAUGCCUCGCCCCGGCCAGGUGCUGGGCCUGGUGGGCACCAACGGCAUCGGCAAGUCCACGGCGCUCAAGGUGCUGGCGGGCAAGCUCAAGCCCAACCUGGGCCGCUUCACGAACCCGCCUGACUGGCAGGAGAUCCUCACCUACUUCCGCGGCAGCGAGCUGCAGAACUACUUCACGCGCAUCCUGGAGGACAACCUGAAGGCCAUCAUCAAGCCCCAGUACGUGGACCACAUCCCCAAGGCUGUGCGCGGCAACGUGCUGGAGGUGCUGGUGCAGAAGGACCAGCGCGACGUCAAGGACAUGCUGCUGCAGGACCUGGACCUGGAGCAGGUGACGGACCGCAACGUGGAGAACCUGUCGGGCGGCGAGCUGCAGCGCUUCGCCAUCGCGGUGGUGGCGUGCCAGCAGGCGGACGUGUACAUGCUGGACGAGCCGUCCUCCUACCUGGACGUGCGGCAGCGCCUCAAGGCGGCGCAGGUGAUCCGCUCGCUGCUGGCGGUUGACAAGUUCGUCAUCGUGGUGGAGCACGACCUGUCCGUGCUCGACUACCUGUCCGACUUCAUCUGCUGCCUGUACGGCAGGCCCGGAGCGUACGGCGUGGUCACGCUGCCCUUCGGCGUGCGCGAGGGCAUCAACAUCUUCCUGGCGGGUUUCGUGCCCACCGAGAACCUGCGGUUCCGCGAGGAGUCGCUGACGUUCAAGGUGGUGGAGCAGCAGGAGGGCGAGGUGGUGAAGAAGUUCAGCCGCUUCAAGUACCCCAAGCUCAAGAAGACGCAGGGCAACUUCUCUCUGGAGGUGGAGGCGGGCGAGUUCACAGACUCGGAGAUCCUGGUCAUGCUGGGCGAGAACGGCACCGGCAAGACCACCUUCAUCCGCAUGCUGGCGGGCGCGCUGCCCUCCGACCCCAUGGAGGGCGAGGACGGCGAGGAGCCCGAGUCGCUGCCGCAGUUCAACGUGAGCUACAAGCCGCAGAAGAUCAGCCCCAAGUUCGAGGGCACGGUGCGGCAGCUGCUGCACAAGCGCAUCCGCGAGAGCUACAUCCACCCGCAGUUCAACGCGGACGUGAUGAAGCCGCUGACCAUCGAGGCGCUGAUGGACCAGGAGGUGCAGAACCUGUCGGGAGGAGAGCUGCAGCGUGUGGCCAUCACUCUGGCUCUGGGCCAGCCAGCCGACAUCUACCUCAUCGACGAGCCGUCCGCCUACCUGGACUCGGAGCAGCGCAUCAUGGCCGCAAAGGUCAUCAAGCGCUUCAUCAUGCACAGCAAGAAGACGGCGUUCAUCGUGGAGCACGACUUCAUCAUGGCCACCUACAUGGCGGACCGCGUCAUCGUGUACGAGGGCGAGCCCUCCAAGAGGGCCUUUGCGCGCACGCCGCAGAGCCUGCAGACCGGCAUGAACAAGUUCCUGGCCAACCUGGACAUCACCUUCCGCCGCGACCCCACCAACUACCGCCCGCGCAUCAACAAGUGGGGCUCCACGAAGGACCGCGAGCAGAAGGAGGCCGGCACCUUCUACUACAUCGGCGACGACUAGAUGCGGGGCGACUAGAUGCGGGGCGACUAGAUGCGGCUAAGAUGUGGCGGGUGUGAAAGAGGCUGCUGUGGAAGAGGCGGGUGAGGAAGAGGCAGGUAUGGAUGAGGCGGGUGUAGAUGAGGCGGCUAGGCUGGUGGCCAGGCGGCCAGGCGGCCGGAGCGCAUGCGCGAGGCUAUGGCGGUGACGGUGGAGUGUGAGCAUGGGACAAAGCUGCAUCGGCAGCUCGGCAGUCGGGCGCGGAGGUUGCGCGGCGGGCCGAGACGAGGAGACGAGUGUGGGGAGGGCGCCAGGGCUGGAGGCUUGCGUUUGGGGCAGAUUAAGGCGCGGCAAGGGUGCGUGUGGGGCGCGGUGUCGGCGUUUGUGUGUAUUGUUGUUUCGCUUUGCACGAUCCUGUGUACCGGCGCGUCAACACAACGGGACUGUGCCGUGGGUUUGCCGUACGCAAGGGAGAUCCGGGUCGGGGCUGGUGCGUGGGGUGCUGGCGCACUGGUCAUUGUGAUGACGCAGCGCGCCGGGGUGGUGUGGGUUUGGCGUGUGUGUUGGGGUUGUUGGGCGUGCAAGCCCGUGCAUUCGGAUACUAUGAUAGCUCGGUCGGAGGGCAGGUGGUGAUACGGACGGGAGUUCGUUGAAGGGCUUCGGACAGGCACGGGCCUGCAGCUUCGCUGGCAAUUACCGGUAGAUACAGAAGACGCUAAUCGUGGGGUUCGCGGAGAGCCUUGCUGCGCGCCUAGAGUGGCUUUGAGAUAUCCGAGCGCUGAGACGAAAUUACGAAAAGAGAGGUGCGAGCGGCAUAGGCAGAGAUGUAGCACAUGUGCUGGCGGUGCCAGUCCCAGUCCCGCAAAACAGGGAAGGCUUUCGUGUGCGCCUGCUCGGCACAUGGCGCUUGGAAGGGAUGUGUCAGGGAUGUGUGUCUGUGUGGAGCGGAACGGGCUUUCGUGGCUUGCGGACGGCCGCAUAGUCAGUCAGCUUGCCAUCCGGCUCGGGAUGUGGGUGAUGCCGACGCAGCUCGGGUGUGAAUUGGCGUGUCGAAGGGGCACACACGUUGCGCGGCAAACGACCUAAAACGACCAAUGUAAGACGGCCAGGUA